AUGCUUUCAGCGGUUCUCAGAGGAAUAGGUUACUUGGCAAAUUUAUUCUUGAUAAUAGUUCCCACACUUUUCCUUCGGGUACUUCUGUACAUGCGGUUUUCAUUGGCGGUAUAUCAUAUGUUUUGGUUGAUACGAUCAGGGUGGAAAUAUGUCAAGUUAGCAAGUAAUGAACUGCGUCACCACAUUCGCACCUGGGAAAAGGAUAGUAACACAAAAGAGUUAGUGUUGAGAUCGUAUAGGGCAUUUAUAAUAGAAGGAAUUCGCAGUAGAGUACCGCCAUAUUGGAACAAGUUUUCUAAGCACUUGGCUGAUCAGUAUUUGAUCAUUGCGGGCCUUGAGCAAGGUGGAAGCUGGGCAGCAGUUGGUUAUGCUACCAAAAGAGAGCAGCUAUACGGGGAAAUGCAGGCGUUCUCAAAUAGAUCGCUUUAUCCAAAAGCAUCUUCAGUUAGUAUAUGGCCGGGCAGAUUUGUCGGUCUUCCGAAAGUGGCUCCCAAAGAGCUUAGUGUCACAGGGAAAGGUGCAACACAUCUCUUUACAGAAUUAGAUGCCACAAGCUAUUCCAAAGGCACUUCACAUCUCAUUUCAGUUGAUUAG